AUGUUUGUCCACGUGGGCGAUGGGAGCACGCUGAAGACGGUGCAGGCUGUCGUGCAACGCGAUGUUUGCCCGAAAGUACCGGUGGGUAGUGCAGUGGAAAUAUGUGGCGAUUGGGUUCAGAGUGCCGGAAAGCAGCAAACCAUGGAGUUAUACGCCGCGCAGUGUCAAAUUGUCGGAUUGCAACGAAGACCGUUCAACGAGUUGCCAUCGGCGGAUUGUUCGGCUGAUGUUUUACGCAAAAAGUACCACUUACGCAUGAAGAAUGUGGCCUUUACAUGCAUGCUGCAGCUUCGUUCACGACUCGAUCAGCUCACCCGUGCCUUCUUCCAGGUCUUUUGCACUAAUUUUUAUGCAAACUGUUACUCCAGAAUCCGAUUGGGGUCGUUUAAUUUGGGUCAGCUGCCAGCGCCCCGAGUUUUUACCUCUGUUUGGUUCUUUAUCAUUUUUGGCGUCCUGUUGGGUUGUUUGCUACUUAAUGGGUAA